CUCCGUAGUCCAUGGACAUGCACGCGGGAAUGCGUGCUUAGGUCAAGCGCGAAAAGUGGGGGCGCUCCGAUCCGAUCUGCACUGCCUUUGAAGCGGCUACAAAGGGCAGGAGAGUGUGGGGACUUGUCCUGUUGGAGUAGGCCUGGCUCGGUCGGCUAUACUGGCGGUUCUUUGUUUGCAAAAUGUCGUUAGUCCUUCCGUUUCUUCUCGAGCAUAAUUUAUUAUCAAGAACAUUAAUUGCUUCUAUUUGGUUAGACAAUCAUUCUGUUUAGUUUCUUUUUACCUACCUGUGUGUUUUCUUAUUUGCUUGUUCGCUACUACCUAGCUAUAUUGUUGACAUCUAGGUAUAGCGAGCUAGCCAGCUAUUUUUUCUUCACCAAAGACGAAGAUAAGCGAACACGCCAACGACGCAGCUAGCCAGGUUGUUCGAAAAGAUUCCCCCCUGUGGGAGGUGAGGACUGCCAUGAACAACUCCCUGGAGAACACGGUCUCGUUUGAAGAGUAUGUGCGUCUGAAAGCACGCAGUGUGCCACAGCACCGCAUGAAGGAGUUCCUGGAGUCGCUGGCUAACAAGGGCCCUGAGGCACUGCAAGAGUUUCAGCAGGGCUCCACUACCAUGGUGUACCAGCAGGGAACAAACUGCAUCUACACCGACAGCACAGAGGUCGCUGGCUCCCUCCUCGAGCUGGCCUGCCCGGUGCAAGUGCAGGUCCAGCAGUCGCCGCAGCAGCAGCAGCAGCAGCAGCAGGUGACCUCGGCCCAGCUCUCCCCCCAGCUGACGGCAGCAGUGCACCAGGCCUCUGAACAGCAGAUACAAGUACAGGUGCAGAUCCAGGGGCAGCAGCAGGGGCAGACGGUGGGGCAGGUUCUGCAGGUGCCCAGCCCCUCGCAGCAGCAGCAGCAGCUGUCCAGCUCUCAGCUCCAGGCAGUGGCUGCUGCACAGCUGGUGCCGCAUGGAGAGAUCUCUGAGGAGCAGCUGCAGCAGCACCAGCAGAUCCAGGCUCAGCUGGUGGCAGCAGUGGCUGGCGGGCAGCAGAUCCAGAUCCAGACCGUGGGGGCGCUGUCCCCCCAGCAGCAGCAGCAGGGCUCCCCGCGGGAGGGCGAGAGGCGAGCGACCGCGUCCAGCGGGGUCCUGCAGCCCGCCAAGAAGCGCAAGGUGGACAUGCCCAUCACCGUGUCGUACGCCAUCCCCGGGCAGCAGCUGGCCACCGUGCUGGCCAUCCCGCAGGGCGGCCAGCAGCAGAGCUACCUGUCCCUGCGGCCCGACCUGCUGACGGUGGACAGCACUCACCUGUACAGCGCCACGGGCACCAUCACCAGCCCCACGGGCGAGACCUGGACCAUCCCGGUGUACUCGGCGCAGACGCGCGGCGACCUGCAGCAGCAGAACAUCACGCACAUCGCCAUCCCGCAGGAGGCCUACGGGGCCGUGCACGUGGCCGGCUCGCCCACCGACGACAAGGACAAGAUGGUGGUGGCGGGGAAGAUCGCCGUCAGCUCCGCCGCAUCCGCCAUCCCCUCCUCCGCCGUGGUCUCCACGUCGGCGGCCACGCCCGUCUCGGCCGCCCAGGAGGAGGUGGUGCAGACGCUGGCCAACACGCUGUUCCCCGCCCAGUUCAUGAACGGGAACAUCCACAUCCCCGUGGCUGUGCAGGCGGUGGCUGGGGCCUACCCCAACGCCACGCAGUCCGUCCACAUCUGGGACCCCCAGCAGCAGGUGGUCCACACCCAGGGCACCGGGCAGGAGCAGCAGCUGCAGGGUCAGACGGUGCAGGUGGCAGAGGUGGAGACCCAGCCUCAGGCCGCUCCCACCCUGCUGCUGCCCAACACCCUCAAGCCUGAAGAGGGUCUGGAGGUGUGGCGCCUGUGGGCCCAGGGCAAGAACGCCGAACUGGAGAAGGACACCCAGACCAAGCUGGCCCCCAUUGGCCGGCGGCAGCCCCUGCGCUUCCAGGAGGACCUGGUGUCGUGCGCAGUGGCAGAGCUCAACAUUGGCCUGUCUAUGAUGACCCAGGAAGCCCGUGGCAUGGAAGGAGCACCAUUUGAGGCAGAUGUGCUCUACUACGUCUUCCUCUGUAUACAAAAGUACCUGUUUGAGAACGGCCGGGUCGAUGACAUCUUCUCGGACCCCUACUACACACGCUUCUCCCAGUGGCUGCACCGGGUCCUGGACCUGUGGAAGCCGAGUGUCCACCCGCUGGGUAAGGACCUCAGCCUAUGUUAUGUCAUUCCAAGUCACGUGACAGAAGAGAUGCUGUGGGAGUGUAAACAGCUGGGGGCCCACUCUCCCUCCACCCUGCUCACCACCCUCAUGUUCUUCAACACCAAGUACUUCCAGCUGAAGACUGUGGAUCAGCAUAUGAAGGUGGCCUUCUCCAAGAUGCUUCGACAUACUAAGAAGAACCCCUCCAACCCCAAGGACAAGAGCACGAGCAUCCGCUACCUGAAGGGUGUGGGGCUGCAGCAUGUGGGCCAGAAAGUGACCGAUGAUAUGUAUGCAGAGCAGGCCGAGCACCCUGAGAACCCACUGCGCUGUCCCAUCAAGCUCUAUGACUUCUACCUCUUCAAGUGCCCCCAGAGUGUGAAGGGUCGGAACGACACCUUUUACCUUACGCCUGAGCCCGUCGUGGCCCCCAACAGUCCCAUCUGGUACUCCACCCAGCCAAUCACGCGCGAGCAACUGGAGCACAUGCUGACACGCAUCCUCAUGGUGCGAGAGAUCCAAGAGGCCAUCUCCAUGGUAGCAGGGAACAUGCAAUAGGGGGGAGAGGAGGGCCUGACAUGGACCAUGCAUUCUUUCUCUUUUUUUCCUCUGUCCCCUGCUUUCCCUCAAACAUCUUUUUGUCUUCUCCAGAGAGAAACUGAGGAGACGACAGACAUAGUUACAUAUACACACGUAUUCAUGACCCUCUGAACUGCCAAGCGCCAAAUUAGCUUCUCUCCCUGAGAAACACAAAGAACAGUUCUUUUUGUUUUUUUCUAAGUUGUCUUUUUUUAAAAUGAUAAAUUCUUAUAUUUUCUUUAGUUUUGCAAGAGAGCCUUGUCAGAGAGUACUUAAAAUAUUCUAUCAGCCAGGAGUACAGGGCCUGUAUAUACCCAGCCCAUCUGUACCCUUCAGGGAGAGUCGAGGGACAUUUACCUGAAAUUUAGGCGUUUGAUUCCUUUUAUUUUUUAUUUUUUUCCCCUAAAAAUUUCCCUCAUUGAUUCAUUGGACAUGGAGGUUGACUGACCACAAAGCUCGUAAGCAUCUACUCUUAAGGUCUUCUCACCUUUUCUGGUUUUUCUUUCUUUGCCUUCUUGCCUCUUACCCUCCCCUCUCCAUAUCCCACACUAUCGUCUUUCUUCUUUUCUCUCACAAUCUUCCUUUCCCUCUCUCUCUCUCUCUCUCUCUCUCUCUCGCUCUCUCUCGCUCUCGCUCUCUCUCUCUGUCUCUGCCUUUUCUCUCGAUUGCUGAAGACCACGCAGUUGUACCAGGCCACAGAGGCCGUGAGUGCGUGCCGCUCUGCCCAGACAGACCAACAGAUGGACAAACAGGAGUAUGGGCCUCGCUAGGGCAGAAACCCUGUUUAGGAGCUAGUGAGCUGAAAAGGGAAUGGUGCUGAAGGAUUUCCUUGGCCAGAGCAAGGACAGUCAAGAAGUGGCGUCAGUCAAGAAAUACUUUGUGUACAAGAAAUGGACUGUCAAAUCUGCAGCGAACACCAGGGGGCACUGUCUUUCACUUGUGAUCAUUUAUAUGGGAAAAAUUUAAAAAUGAUAUAAAAUGUAAGGACUCACUGCAGAUUUACCCUUUUCCCAACUGGCCCAGCCCCUUACCCAGAGCCUGCACCAUCCCAGGAUGUUUUCUGGCAUUGAGCUGGGCUGCUGAACUGCAUUGUAACAUAAACACACUUGUAUUAUAUAUGAUAAAAAACAAACAAGACCACUCUUUUUUUUUUUUGUUUUCUUAUUUUGUUUUUAUUUUUUCCAUCUCUAUAUCUAUUGUAUGUAUUGGUAUUGUAGUCGUUUAUGGAGAAUGGCGACGCACGUGCUUUCAAACAUGCCUUUUGUACAGUGA